AUGCAACAAUGGAGUGACGACGUGCAAGCGCUGGAAGCUGCGCUAGCUGCAACGGUUAGAGACUCUGCGGUGGUUUUCAGUGAGCUGCAGGACUCGCAGUCUCAAGUGGAAGCCUUACUUACGCUGAAGUUCGAGCUGCAGCAGCGAGGAGACAGUGUUGAUAACCUGGAGAUGAUGAUACGAACGAUCAGUAUGGGGUCCCAUGUGGUCGUGAGAAGCGUUCCGUUGUGGUUCCUUCCCAGGUUUGAGCUGGUUAUUGAGGCUAAACCAUUUGCCUGUGGGCCCUCGGGCUCCAUGCACCACGCAGUGUGGGGUGCAGACACAAGAGUGGCCUUGAAGCGCUUUUCGGCGGUUGACUCGAUGGAGAUUGAUGGGCGCAAGAGGCAGCACAUCAAGGCAGAGCUGGAUCAGUUGUAUCAACUGACACAUCCGAACUUGGUGAAGAUUCUCGGCGCCUCUCACGUCAGUUUGCCGCCUUUCAUUGUGUGGGAAGAAGAAAUCUACGGAGGCCUCGGCUCGUUUCUAAGCUGCAGCGACGAGAACAAGUGGCGGCUGUUUUACCAGGCAGCUUUGGGACUGGACUACAUCCAUAAGAAGGGCGUCGUGCAUGGAGAUCUCAAGCUCAACAAUAUUCUCGUGGGUUCCAAUGGACAAGCCAAGCUGACUGACCAUGGCUUAGCAACUCUACGAACUGUGUCCAAGUCUCUAUCACGCAGUUUGCGAUGGGGUGCUCCAGAGUGUUUGAAGCAGCGGCCAACAUUCGCAUCGGACGUGUACUCAUUUGCUAUGUGCUUGAUAGAGCCAGAGGCUGGCGAACCGCCUUUUAAAUUCCUUGACGAUGACGAUGUACGCCACAACCUACGACACGGAGUGACCCCGACCCGACCCAGGAGUAUGAAUGAUGACGAGUGGGAGUUGGUUCUGGCCAUGACUGAUAGCGAUCCAACAAAGCGCGUGUCGUUGGAGCGCGUCAUCGCCGAGAUGAAAAGAUUGGCGGAGCAAACUGCUAUGGCAGUACAAGCUGCAAUCACGUGCAGUGCUUGCUCGUCGGAGGUGGCAACGGACUCUUGGUUUUGCUCGCAGUGUGGAACCGAAGUGAACACUGCGAGUUUGAGGACCAAUCCCCAGAGCUUACAUGUAGACAUCCCAGUGCCAGAACUUUUGGAGGCACUUCGUCGUGGUAGAAUAUCAGAUCAAGAGCAAGCGUUGGUUCUGUUACUGGAAAAAUGUCUGGACGAGACGCAGCGCAAAGAGAUAAUUGAGACCGAUGGCGUUGACGUUUUGAUUUGUGCGGUGGAAACCAGCUCCUCUCACUUCGUGCAGAUCUGUGCGCUGUCCUGCUUACGCUGGAUCUCGGUGGUCGACUCCAGAUUCUCCACUGGAGACCUUAAAGCUCUUGAAGAAUUCGUCCAUGACGCUACAUCGGAUGAGUGUACGUCUAUGAUGAACGACCUUCGCAAUGGCCAAGAAGAAGAGAAAUUGAAGGCGAUUGUGUACUGUUCUGGAAUUGCGGCUGCAAAAACUACUCAAAUUCUGGCAAAUUCUAGUAUUUUGGCUUUAUUUGUGGAGCUGCUAACCAAAUGCAACAAGAGACUGACGGUGUGGGUAGUGGAAGCUAUCGGACACUUGGCUGACAAUGACGACACCAGAGUCGUUAUAGCUAACGAAGGAGCUAUAAAGCCUCUGAUCGAGCUGUUGCACUCUGGAUCAAGCGCUGAAAAGGGGCUGGCAGCGUAUACUUUGGGUCGCUUAGCGUGUGAUAACGAGGAGAACAGUCUGGCUAUUGAAGCGGGCGGGGCGAUCUCGUACCUUGCGGAGCUGCUGGUUGCUAACACAAACGUGGAGAAAAUGUUUGCUCCGUAUGCGUUGACGUUCCUCCCUGCUAGUGGAAUAUCCGUUGACACAGGAGAGUAUUACCGGCCUAGUUGGGCUGCUUCGAGACGGCAGCAACGCGCAGAAGGAACGCGCAGCGGAUAUGUUGAGCUGGUACUUUAA